CCACCCAUCACCUUCAACACCUCGACACGGGGGACGGGGGGGGGGCUUCCAAUAUCCCCAUCAGAGCACCUAACCGGCUCGACAUCCCUCUAACCAGCUCAGAUAUCAAGCCGAUGACGUGCUUGCUCUGUCACCGUCGGCUUCCGGAGCAGGCCAUGUGGCCAUGUGGACCAGCCCCCAAUUGGGGGGAACGGCGGAGGUACAAGAAAUGCCAGGUGAAUGAGCGAGAGACGGUGCGUUCGACGGCGGCAGGAAAGCGAGGUGAGGGUGACGGAAAUGGAGAGCAGGGGAGCGGUAGCGGUAGGCCUACCGGUUGACGGGCCACCUCACGCUGGAAGACAUACCCAGCAAGGUUGUGUGGAGGCCGGGUUGGCGCGCAGGAAGAGAGCACAGGACGGUGGAAGCGAGGGAACAACGGGCUGCACAGGAGCAACUCAGCCAGCAAUCACAGCAGUCGCUGGAGCCAUGACUGACAAGCCAUCGGAUGGAAAGGUCGAGGUCGCAAGCAAGGUCAACGUCGCAGGCAAGGCCAAGGUCGCGGGCAAGGCCAAGGUCGCGGGCAAGGGCGUGGGCAAGCUGAGCAAGAGAUCGAGCUCGUCGUCGGGAUCAGGUUCGCGAUCAGGAUCGUCGACGUCGUCUACUUCGAGCUCAUCCUCCUCAGACUCGGGCUCAGACUUGGGCUCAUCAAGCUCAUCGUCGGACUCGCUCUCGUCUGAGGAGACCUCAUCAUCCGGCGAGUCAUCUUGCGCCGCGCCGGCAAACAUCGCUGUCCAUCCCCUAACCGCACCGGACAAGGGCAAGGAGGAGGUGUCUGAUUCAGAUUCGGAGCUUGGUGCCGAGUCAGGCGAUGAGUCGUCAGUGAUGCUCGAGGCCGACACAGAUGAUGACACGGACGUCAUUUUCUUGGAAGAGUCCGAGUGCUCCGACUACCUGAUCUCGCCACUGCCUCGGACUCCGCAGUCGGGGCAGGUCAAGGUCAUGGAUACAAACAAGAUCGUGGAAAAGGCGCUGAGAGAGAUGGCCGUGGUGAGUUCGACCCUGGCGGUGAGCAAUGGCCUGGCCAUGUCGGUCCUCAUGGCGCAUGGGUGGAACAACGAGCGCGCCUUGCAGGCCUGGUUCGAUGAUCCCGACGGGUGCCGGGCAUCGGUGGGCGGAAGUAGCGCCGGCGAGAUCCCGGCGACCUCGGUCCUGGGUGCCGGCUCCCCGCAGCUCUGCGGGGUCUGCUUCAUGGAGGCCGAGGACGAGCUCAUCGGGCUCGAGUGCGGGCACGGGUUUUGCGUUCACUGUUGGCGCGGCUUUGUCGAGUGCGAGAUUCAGAACGGAAACGCGUGCGUGAUGGCGCGAUGCAUGGCGGACAAGUGCAAGAUGGUGGUGCCGCGGAGUUUUGUGGCCUCGCUUGUCGACGCUUCCGCGCUCGACCGGUACGAUACGUUCCUCGCCGGCUCGUACGUGGCGGCCAAGGCCGGCGUCAAGUGGUGCCCUAACCCGCGCGGCGGCUGUGAUCGCGCGGCGAGCUACCUCGGCUUUGACACCGCAACUGUCGAGUGCGAUUGCGGCUUUGCGUGGUGCUUCUUCUGCUCGGAGGAGCUGCAUCUCCCGGCGUCGUGCGAGGUUGUCGAGAACUGGAUCAAGAAGAACUCAGACUCGGCCGAGUCGACCGAAUGGAUCCUGGCCAACACCAAGCCCUGUCCCAAGUGUAAUGUCCACAUCCAGAAGAACCAGGGCUGCAUGCACAUGACCUGUCGUGCACCCGGUUGCAACUUUGAGUGGUGCUGGCUCUGCCGCGGGCCGUGGAAGGACCACGGGACGUCGACCGGCGGCUUCUACAAGUGCAAUCGUUACGAGUCGUCCAAGGCCGCCAAGGAGGAUGCCAAGGCGUCCAAGGUCAAGGAGUCACACGACCGCUAUGUUCACUACUUUGAGCGGUACCACAACCACGACGUCUCCCGUGGCUUUGCCCGCAAGAUCUCUGCUGCCGCCACCGCUGCCGCCGACGAGUACGCCGAGGCUACCGGCUGGAAUGGCCGCUUCCUCGUCGAAGCCGCCGAGCUCGUCAUCCAGGCCCGCCAAGUUCUCAAGUGGUCCUACGCCCAUGCCUACUACAUGCCUGAGGACUCGCAGCUCCGCACCAUGUUCGAGGACCAGCAAGAAAGCCUCGAGACGAAGACCGAGCACCUCUCCGAGCUCAUCGAGCAGCCCAUCGAGGAGAUGAACGUCACUCAUCUUAAGAACUACCGUAAGGUCCUUGCCACAUACCUCGGCAACCUGGCUCGGGCUUGGCAGGAGUACCAAUGAACACAGCUCACAGUCCG